CGCAUACGAAUUUUGGAAUUCUGGAUCCUCUUCUGAGCUUCAGCGGAGGUCACUGCUGUCAGUUCACCAAACUGCGUGCCAGGCGUAGAGCAAAGUGGCAGGGGGGCGGGUGAGGUGUGCUAGAAAAGAUUUGACCUCCUACCUUUCGGGAUCUUACAGUCUAGAAUCAGGCCCUGUCACAUUUUAUUGGGGGUGGAAUUCGAGGAAAUCUUGGAGAAAGUAGCAGAUGGGCGGGACUUCAACUGGAGAGAAUGGAGGAAAUAAAAUGGGCAUUCCGAGUCAAGAGAACUGCUUGAGCAAGGAAGAAGGAGGUCUUGAAAACGCCUUGGGGCCUGUAAGAUUCAGUGUUUUCCUUUCAAGAUGCCCCUCUCAGACUUUGUUCUGGCCCUGAAGGACAAUCCCUACUUUGGGGCUGGAUUUGGGCUGGUGGGUGUGGGCACAGCCCUGGCCCUGGCCCGGAAGGGUGCCCAACUGGGUCUGGUGGCAUUCCGGCGCCAUUACAUGAUCACACUGGAAGUCCCUGCUCGAGACAGGAGCUAUGCCUGGCUGCUUAGCUGGCUCACUCGCCACAGUACCCGAACUCAGCACCUCAGUGUCGAGACUUCGUACCUUCAGCACGAGAGUGGCCGCAUCUCCACUAAAUUUGAAUUUGUCCCCAGCCCUGGAAACCACUUUAUCUGGUAUCAAGGGAAAUGGAUCCGGGUGCAACGGAGCCGAGAGAUGCAGAUGAUAGACCUGCAGACGGGGACUCCCUGGGAAUCUGUCACCUUCACGGCUCUGGGCACUGACCGAAAGGUCUUCUUCAACAUCCUGGAGGAAGCUCGAGAGCUAGCCUUGCAGCAGGAGGAAGGGAAGACAGUGAUGUACACAGCCGUGGGCUCUGAAUGGCGCCCCUUUGGCUAUCCACGCCGCCGCCGGCCACUGACUUCUGUGGUUCUAGAACAGGGUCUGGCUGACCGAAUUGUCAGAGACAUCCGGGAAUUCAUCGAUAACCCCAAGUGGUACACUGACAGAGGCAUUCCCUACAGACGUGGCUACCUGCUUUAUGGGCCCCCCGGUUGUGGAAAGAGCAGUUUUAUCACAGCCCUGGCUGGGGAACUGCAGCACAGCAUCUGCCUGCUGAGUCUCACAGACUCCAGCCUCUCUGAUGACCGGCUCAACCACCUGCUGAGCGUGGCACCACAGCAGAGCCUGGUGCUCCUGGAGGAUGUGGAUGCUGCCUUUCUCAGUCGAGACCUGGCUGCGGAGAACCCAGUGAAGUACCAAGGUCUAGGUCGUCUCACUUUCAGCGGCCUGCUCAACGCCUUGGAUGGCGUGGCUUCCACUGAGGCACGCAUCGUGUUCAUGACCACCAACCAUGUUGACAGGCUCGACCCUGCCCUGAUACGCCCUGGGCGAGUAGACCUGAAGGAGUACGUGGGCCACUGCUCACGCUGGCAGCUGACCCAGAUGUUCCAGAGGUUCUAUCCAGGGCAAGCAGCUUCCCUGGCCGAGACCUUUGCAGAUCAUGUCCUUCAAGCUACAACUCAGAUCAGCCCUGCCCAGGUGCAGGGCUACUUCAUGCUUUAUAAAAGUGACCCUGCAGGGGCAAUUCACAAUGCGGAGUCUCUGAGGAGGUGACAACUGGGCUGUGCCCAGCCCUCUCCUCCUCCAGGAGAUCAAUAAACACCUGUCAUGCUA